ACUUACGAUUUAUUUUUGUUGUUUCUGCAUGCUGCUACGUGCGAUUAUUAACAAAAAAUUGAAACGAUACAGAUAAAAUAUGAGGUAUAGUUUAUGAAACAUAUCGUUGGUUUAGGGAUAUCGCGGGUUUUUGACCACAAUCUGGAAGAAUCGCCUGGCCUACAUUUAUUGGAUAUCGAUAUGGCUAGUAACCGACCAACUUUCAAGUAGCGUGUUGUCUUCUUUAUUUUGCGAAUGAAGGUUUUUCGUUGUGUGGAUAAAUACAAAUGGAACCAAUUUAAAAGAUAGAUGAAACCAAUUGAAUAUAUAUCGAACUAAUUUUAAGAAACACUUCAUGUAAUUAAUUCCAUUAGAAAAUGCUGGCUCGCAGUACAUCAUCUCGUCGACGAAGGGCUUCCCGAAGCGCGGCAUCUUCCCCUCAGACUCGAGGACUCACGUCCGGGACUCCGAGUCCGGGCAGAAGAGCCAGUAUUGCCGUUAGUCCGGCCGAGCCAGGCCAUUUCGGAAACUCGCUAGCUCCAGAAAUUAGCAGAAGUCCAAGGAAUUCUCUCAUACCUGACAUAUCAGAAACACAGACUUUGAAAGACAAAUUGAAACCAGAGCGGACCAAUAGACCAACUUUGGCACCAGAAUUUGACAGAAGUCCAAGAAACAGCCUCGUACCGGAUUCACAAAAGAGCCCACGUCACAGCCUGGUGCCCAACGACCACUUCCGUUGCCCAUCAAAAAACAACCUCUCCUCCGAUUUCGUCCUUAGUCCUAGAAACAGCAUCGCGGUAGAUUUUAACAGGAGUCCCAGGAACAGUCUGGUUCCAGAUUACAACAGAAGUCCGCGCCACAGUUUAACCCCAGACAGUAAUCUUCACAGUUCCAAGUUAAGCGUUGCUGAGUUCAAUAGGAGCCCAAGGAAUAGUUUAGUGCCAGAUCCCUCCCGAGUGUCCAGAAGGAGUUUGUCUGAAUCUAUAAAUUGGAGACCAGAAGACGGUGGUAGAGGCCAUCAUCAUAACGACACUCUACCCAAAAGAACCGGCCGAAAUAAUAAUGGGGACGAUUACGAAGACCGAAGUCCAAGAGGUAGUAUUGGACCCGAAGAAAGAGAAAGAAGUCCAAGGGGUAGCUUGGCAAGAAACAUGUUUGAUGAUCCUGAGAAAAAGAGUCCUCGGGGAAGUCUGACGCUUACUUUUCAAGAACCGCCGGUAACAGAAAGGAGGGCGAGUAGUGAUAACGGUGUACGAAUUAGGAGUACCUCACCUUAUAGAGUGGGGGGAUCCAGAAGUGGUGCUGCGGGAUUUUCUGGAUUUAGCGAGAAUGGGUCCAGGAGAGCCAGCAGUUCUGUAAGUCAGGUAUCAGGAGAUGAGCAGCGCCGUCUUUGUGUAGACCAUAACAAUACAGAAACACAAAGUAUCAACCUUGCUCUUUCUCUAACUACAUAUGGAAGUGUAGCAUAUCAGCUAAAAGACGCUAACUUAGAGGCAAAUGGGACCUGCGACUUUGUUUGCAAGGCAUUAAAUAUAGUUAAUAAGACUGUUGUAGUAACAAUUGCUUUGGUGUGUUUGUCAAUACUACCUAUCAUUAUGCUUAUUAUGGGUAUCCAGUUUCUUCGAGAUUGCCCAAAAGAACCUAAUAUCCCAAUAUAUAUGAUAGUCGGAGGUAGCGUGGGCUGUAUCAAAAUGAGCCUGACGCUCUGGUCCCAGUUCCACAACUCGCGAACUGGCAACAACGGCAUGAACGCCACCUCCAUAGUGUCCAAAAUAGCUUCGGUAGCUUUAACUGUUCUUCUUCUAGUCUGGUUCGCUUUGGGCAACUACUGGAUCUUCAAGAUCCUCUGGCCCGACUACGCACCAACUCUCUUCGAGCCGAACAAAUGGUGUCACAAGACGCUCUACGUGUUCUCUCUGGUUCAUCUCUGCGUCGUCUAUGUUCUCUUUGGCGUCAUUGUAAUGCUUGUGAUCGUACUUGCUAGCUGUCAAUUAUUUGGGUGUUCUUGGCUGGGGCCGGCUAGAUACAAAUAGCAAAACCCACCUGAUUAUUUUGAACUGUGGGACGUACCAAGGACUUAUCAUUAAAUUAUUGCUCAACGUAAGAGAAACUAGUGUGACAGCUGUAUUUAUAAGGGUGGAGAGAGCUCUAGAUUUUCAAAUACAAAAAUUGGAUAUAGUGGUACUAGACGGUAUGAAUAUGAAGUUUGUGGCAAUUGUGAGAACUAACGUCCUGGUCAAAAAAAUGCGGACUCUUGAAUUUUGUAUGUUCUUUUAAACUCUGUAGGUUUAAAGUGGUUUCAUGGGGGGGGGGGGGGGGAGUGAACACUAAUAAUAUAAAUCUUUUAUUUAUAACACAAAAAAGUAAUAAUAGGAAAAAUACAUAACCCACAAGAAACUAAUGAGUUUCUCGUACUUCUAACAAAUAAUAAUAAUAUCGUGUGGCUUUUUUGCCGGGGAGAUCCUUUCGGACAGGUUUCGACGCCAUUUACAUCUUUAACACUGUUUCAGGUAUCUAGUAACAACGUACACACUAGCCCAGGAGGACCGACGGCUUAACGUACUCUCCGAGGCACGGUGAACAGCUCGUAUCAUUUUUAGAAAUGAAAAAGGGAUUGAUGAACUAGUUGCUGGUAUGAGCACAUUGUGUAAAUGUUAGGAUGUAAAGACUCUAAUACUCAUAAUCUUAUUGAAUGUUUUAUUUACUACAGUUUGUGGGCGACCGGUUUCGACGUUUACAAUUUGUACGCCAUCAUCAGGCCCUUCAGAAACUGAACAAAGCUAAAAAAUUAAUGAAGCUGUGUCAAAAUACAGUUGCCCUAAGUUAAGGUUUAGGUAUUAAGUUUAACAAUAGGUAAUAAAACACAGAAGGUGUCACAAAGGUGUUCGAAUGGACCAGUACUAAUCUGAUGUUAACUGUUGUAGUCAGUAUAUGAUAUAUAAAGUAUUAAUAAUUACAAUUAUUGGUACUUACAUAUCAGUGAAUGUGUUAACACCACAUUGUACACUGUACAAGUUACAAAUUUUUUGCCGAUUCCGACUACUUUUCAUGUUUGUACAUCAUGUUUAUAAACAUCCUAAGCGGCGACGAUUUUGAACGCUCAUAUUUUUAUUUAUAUAAACAUCGGCGCUUAUUUGUGUCAAAUUUCAAUACGAUACGAAACAAAACUUCAACGAAAACUCGAAUUCAAAAAAUUCGUGUUUUUAACGUAGUCUUGCAAAAAACCACCGGUAGAGACGUUUCGUGCUACAAAUAACAUUAGAAUUCGUAAUUCGCGAGAAAUUAACAGGGUCUACGCCGUGCAAUAGUAAAGCAUUAGAAGAGAUGGAAAGGCUGCGAAAACUGUAAUAGGCGUCAAUAAUGAUUUUGAUUUAAAAAAUGUAUGAAGAAAUCACAGAAAAUGUACAAUGUAUCAAAUGUUGAAGUAAAUGCAAAAAAUGUGUAUAUUAUAAUAUACAUCUUUUUUUUAAACAUGACGAUAUUUUAAUGUUUGAAAAGUGUAAGACUAAAAAGUAAACAAUAAAAAAAUAUGAAAAAACAAUUUUUAAGAAACGCUUUUCUUUAGUUAAGACUUAUGAGUAACUAAAAUUAAAAAUAUUAUAAAAAAAUCAACUAAAAAGCAAAAAAUAAAAAAAAUUCAAACGCGAAGGAUUAUUCGAAAAAAACUGUUAGACAGAUUAAAUAGGUAUACAAAAAUCUCACACAUUCGUUAAACAAUUGAAAAAAUCUUACACAUUCGUUAAAGAAAAGCGUGGGGCGCCAAAAAAAAGUAUCUGUCCUCAAAUCGUUUAUUCGAUGAAGACUCGCCCCACGUUUUUCUUUAACGAAUUUUUUCAAUUUUUUAACGAAUAUGUGAGAUUUUUGUAUAUAUAAUCUGUCUAACAGUUUUUUUUUGGAAUAAUCCUUCGAGUUUGAUUUUUUUUAUUUUUUGCUUAUUAGUUAAUUUUUUUUAUAAUAUUUUUAAUUUUAGUCACUCGUAACUAAAGAAAAGCGUUUCUUAAAACAUUUUUUUUUUUCAUAUUUUUUUAUUAUUGUUAUAAAUGAACAUUUUUGGUUAUUAAUAUUUACUUCAUCUCCAUUAAAACCAGUAAACACUGACAAAAGUAAAGAAACGUACAAAAUCCAAGAGUCCGGAUUUUCUUGACCAGGAGUGUAUAUAAAAAAAUAUAAUGAAUUUUUAACAUAUUUGUUAAUCAUGUUUAUACAUAAUUUAAUUAAAUUGAUUAAACUAUCUAAGAUAGCCACGGUUUUAGUGACAUCAAUCCAAAUGAGCAUAUAUGUAAUAAUUAUAACUGUUUGUAUGGAAAAUAUAUGAAUUGUUUAUUUUACUAUUUUCUCAAUUUCGUUAUAUUUUUUUAUUUCAUUUUAAUUUGAUUGAUAGUUCAGUUUUAAGAUUCAAAACAAUACAAAAAAUGGGGGAAAUCGGAAAAACCAAAAUAAUAAAAGCAACUGAAGAAACAUGCGGGAAGACAAAAAUACAAAAUAUAAAUAUGUGAACAGAAUGAUGAACAGAAAAGAUACAAGUAAAACUAAAGAGGUAAAAAGAAAACUGGAAGAGAUACUUUACUAACAAAAGGACCCGAGGAUUAUAAAACUUACAAAACAACACGAAAUAAUGUAAAAAUAUCAAUAAAAGUAGUCAAGGAGAUGUUAUGGAAAUAAUUUGGGCAGAAAAUGACAAUAAACUACUUAUAGGAAAAAUCAAAAACUUUUUUAUGGUACUCAAAAACAACUAAAACAAAAGAAGGUACACAGAAUGAGAAAUAUAAAAGGCAAAGACGGAAAUAUAAUAACAGAAUAUGAAAAAAUAAUUAUUGAGAGAUGGCGACGAUAUUUUAAAAAGCUAAUAUACAGGAAUAGGGAAAACCUAGAUGACAAGUGGGCAAGGAUAAUAUCGCCUCAAAAAUGAUAAGAUACAAAAGGAAUAGAAACUGUACCGCCUAUGAAGGCACGACCAUAUCAAGUAGGUAAAGAAGAAGGUUGAAAGACAUGCAAUGUGUAUUCAGAAAGAACAGAAGCAAUCAAGACUUCAUAUUCACAAAAAGACAAAUGAGUGAGAAGAUAAUAAAUAUGAACAAAGAUAUACCUACAUAGUCCUGAAGAAGGCGUUUGGCAGAAUUCGAAGAAAGGAUGUAUGGAAAAAGAAAGAGGAGUGACUUUAAAAAACAAAACACCAUAGAAGUUUUAAAAACCUGUAUACAGGGUGAUUGAUUAGUAGGGUAAAGCUCAAUAGCUCCGCUAUAGUAAUAGAUAGCAAUAAAAGUUAAUAACAAAAAUUUUAGCCACCUUUGAGCUUCACAUUACAAAAUUAGUUAGAAUGUUACAGGGUGUUCGAUAACACAGUGGCAGACCUAACUUAUGUUUUUUUAAAUGGAACACCCUAUAUUUUAUUUUAAAUUCUAAAUACUGUUAACUUCUCGAUCAAAAAUAUAAAGGUUUGUAAUGUUAUACAGGGUAUUUACAAAGGUAUAACCAAUUUUGUAUGAAAAUCGUAACAAGUUCAACUCCCUGUAUAAAUAAAAAUAAGCACAACAGCAAUGGUUUAUUAAUGCCAUAUUUUUUAUUUAUUGUCAAAAUUUUUAAGAAUUAUUGAUAUUGCUAAUUUUCUUUAUAUCAAAUACAGGGUGAGUCAAAACGCAAGUACAUUAUUUUCUCAGUAAUGUUAAAUGGAAAUAUUUUAUAUCAUUAUUGAAAAGUACAAUUAACGUACUUUAAUUUUUAUAUAACAUUCCCUAUGCCCAAAUUUAUUAGUUUUCCCGAUAUUUUCAUUUUUCAGAGCAAAUUAUUUUAGGUGUUUAAAUUUAUCUAAAUUUUAAGUAAGCCAUGACUGAAUUGACAAUUGAAGAUUACCGAUUAUCAAUCUGAUAAUCAAUGUAACACUGUAGCAAAUAAAGAAAUAAAAAUAAUUUAUUAGUGAUACAUUUUACAAAAAAAAAAACACAAAAACCAAUUUUUGAAACAAUUAAAAACUACUUUUUUAUGUAAAUGCAACAAAUAAACAAAGAAAAUUAGUAAUAAAUUUUACAAAAAAACACAAACACAAAAUACAAUAUUCUGUGAAGACAAUUAAACAUUACUUUUGUAUGUAAAUGUAACAAUGUAACAAAUAAAGAACGAAACAUAAUUUAUCAGUAAUACAUUUUGCAAAAAAACAUGUUUGAAAAAAUUAGAAGCUACUUUUAAUAAAAUAUUUUUAAUAUUUAAUUACAUAAGGUGUUCAAAAUUAUCUCCUAACACAUUUAUGUAGUACGCCUAAAAACGAUCAUUGAAUGAGCUACUUACUCUACGGAGCAUUUGUAAAUUAACACAUCGAAAUACACUUUGUAUUGUAUUUUUCAUCUCAUCCCUUGUUGUUGGAGGUAUUUUAUAAACUUCAUUAUUAACGUAACCCCAAAAAAAUCAGUCCAGUUUAUUAAAUUUUGGUGAUUUGGGUGGCCACGCUACUGGUCCAUUGAAAAAUGAAAAUAUCUCGAAAACUAAUAAAUUUAGACAUAGGGAAUGUUAUCUAAAAAUUAAAGUACGGUAAUGGUACUUUUCAAUAGUGAUAUAAAAUACAGGGUGUUCCAUUUAAAAUUACUGAGAAAAUAAUGUACUUGCGUUUUGACUCACCCUGUAUUUGAUAUAAAGAAAAUUAGCAAUAUCGACCAUUCUUGAAAAUUUUGACAAUACGUUAAAAAAUAUGGCAUUAAUAAACCAUUGUUGUUUUGCUUAUUCUUAUUUAUAGGGGGAAUUGAACUUGUUACGACUUUCAUAUAAAAUUGGUUAUAACUUUGUAAAUAGCCUGUAUAACAUAACAAACCUUUAUAUUUUUGUGAUGGAGAAGUUAACAGGAUUUCGAAUUUAAAAUAAAAUAUAGGGUGUUCCAUUUACAAAAAAAAUGUGUGUGUACUUUGUACGCACGUUAGAAGUUAUUCUUCUAUUAUAUAAUUUUAACGAAGUAAUUAUAUUCUAUAUAAAUAUUAAACUAACUUUCUUAUCUACCACUUUCAAAAAUUUUUUAUUAAAACAACCAAAAAUAAAAAAAAUGAAAUGAAUCGUCCACGAUUGGAACCCGGGACCUUUCGAUCUCUGACCGAACGCUCAACAACUAGACCACCGAAUCUCCUGUGAUUGACACGUAAGUUUCGGAUAUAAUUACACAACACGGUGAUAAAUAGAUUAAGUGGUAUCGUGAUAAAAAUGUGAUACUUACAUAUUUUAUGAUCUUACUACAGAAGAAGAGAAAUUCAGAGACACAAAAAUUAUAAUAAAUAAUACAUUUACUAAAAACACUAAUAUAUUGUUUUAAUAACUUAUUUGCGCUGAUACAGAUACUAUCUUGAAAGAUUAGAAAUGAACUACAUACUGUCUGUGUGCGCAUGCGCGCAGAUUUAUGAAAAAUUUUACUCUCAAUCGCGCCUAAAGAAGAAUAACUUCAAAAACAUAAGUUUGGUCUGCCACUGUGUUAUCGAACACCCUGUAACAUUCUAACUAAUUUUGUAAUGUGAAGCUCAAAUGUGGCUAAAAUUUUUGUUAUUAACUUUUAUUACUAUCUAUUACUAUAGCGGAGCUAUUGAGCUUUACCCUACUAAUCAAUCACCCUGUAGAUAUUAUAGAAACAUAGUAAGAACAAACAAUAAUGGAUUUGAUGGAUUCGACCGUUACUUGAUGGAAGUUCAUUUUAUCUCACAAUAAAACACUGAAAAACGUUUGUUUUUCUAUACUUCCACAAAAUUUAUUAAAACUAUGUUAUUACUACAGCUGUUUCGGCAAAGUGCCUUUCUCAAGUGAUAUAUUUAACAAUGUGUUUGCCUUUUUAAGUCUUUAACUGAAGAGGUUGAGGAGUGGGGAGCUGUUUGUCUCGAGUUGGUCAUUCAGAAUUAUAUCUGUAUUUUUCAAUUUAUUAAUUUCCAUUGAUUCUAAAAGUGAUAGCUUAGGGCCUUUAUUUUGAAUAUACAGAACUAAAUAUCAUUAGACAAAUAGCAGUAAACAAUGGCUAUAACGAACAAACAGUUAACAACAUUUUAAACCAAAAACUCCAUACGAAAGCCUUGAAAUUAGUAUAUCCACCACCACAGAAAGAACCCAGUACCUUCUGCUCUCUCACAUAUACUGGCAAAAUAACAACAAAAAUAGCCAGAUACAUAAAAAAGAAAGGAAUAACACCAGCUUUCAGAACUAACAACAACUUAAGCAAACAUAUUAAAAACAAUAAAAGCCGAAAGAGAAAGCAACUACAGAGUGGUGUGUACAAACUAAUUUGUGGUGACUGUCCGAAAACUUACAUCGGUCAAACUGGCAGAACUUUUGACAAACGGAUAGCAGAACACAAAAGGGCUUUCAACAAUAGAAAAACAGACACUUCUACAUACGCACUUCACCUUCUAGAUCAUAAUCAUUCUUUCAAUGAAGAGUUUCAAAUUCUACAUAUUCAAAAUAAAGGCCUUAAGCUAUCACUUUUAGAAUCAAUGGAAAUUAAUAAAUUGAAAAAUACAGAUAUAAUUCUGAAUGACCAACUCGAGACAAACAGCUCCCCACUCCUCAACCUCUUCAGUUAAAGACUUAAAAAGGCAAACACAUUGUUAAAUAUAUCACUUGAGAAAGGCACUUUGCCGAAACAGCUGUAGUAAUAACAUAGUUUUAAUAAAUUUUGUGGAAGUAUAGAAAAACAAACGUUUUUCAGUGUUUUAUUGUGAGAAUAAUGGAUUUAAGAUUCAAUGGAUUGGUACAUAAAAUAUUAUCAAAAAAACUUCAUAUAAAAAGACAACUCCUUAAAAAAGAAAACCAACAUUUGAGCAAUAUAGUCAAACGCCAAAAACAUUGAGAUAUUUGCUAUUUUUUUUUAAAUGCAUGUUGAUAUUUUAAUUUUGUUCAAUUAUCAUUUUGAUCAUCUUGAUCAGAUGUAACUAGAUUAAAGUUUUAUAUAAAAAUAAAGCGAAUAAAAGACUCAGUAAGACUUUAAAAUAGACAGUAGUAAUAAUUGGACAAACAAUCACAAAAUUGUAUACCGUCUAGCCAAUAAUAAUUAUAAGGAUAUUGGAAAUUAAAAAUAAUCUGUAGGUCUCCUCCAUCUGAACUAUAUCAGAAAUGUGUUAGAGUGAAACUUAUCUACUUUAAGGGUAAACAAUUUUGUUGCUUCCAUUUUCUUUAGUUUUAUACUGUAUUAUUAUUUUUUAUAAUCAAAAAUAUCAUAUUUUGCAUUAUUACAAACUAUUUGUAAAAAUUUGCACUUAGCAUAUUUUUCAUGAAUAAAUAUAUUCGAGUCAAAUGACGCUUACCGCUA